AUGACCGACGACGACACGGAACGACAAGAAACACCAUCGAUGAAGGAACGUCACCAGCAAAGCGGUCCCGUCCGCCAACCAUCGCGUCGCACAAGCGAAACGAUUCCUUCACAAAUAAACGGCACGAUGGUUCUCUGGAUACAGGACAGUUCCACGGAUGAGAGUGAAUUGUUGCGAAGUGAUCGUGAACAAGCAGAGGACACCGAUCAUGAGGGGAAUUCUGACGAUGAUGACAAUAUUUAUUGGGAUGAUGAGAAGCCAAAUCGUAAAGAAACAAUGUCACAAUUUGCUGAAAGGCAAUACCGGAACGUUGUGCAUUUUUUCGUGGAGGACUGGUUUCUCUCGGCGAUGCUUGGUAUCAUCACAGCAAUACUAUCGAUAUCAACUGACGUAGCUAUCGAAUAUAUUUUGCACUAUCGGAUACUGUUGUAUCGUUGGGCGAACGAACAUCAUGUGUACUCUGGAUUUACAGUCUGGAUACUAUUCGCCACAGUACUUGUCACAUGUGCUUCGCUCGUUUGUCAUGCGCUUGGAAAACAAGCAGUUGGCUCUGGUAUUCCGGAAGUGAAGGUGAUUAUGCAUGGUUUCGUGCUACGAAACUAUCUCUCACUGAAAACUCUUAUCGCAAAAAUAGUUGGGCUAACGUUAACGCUUGGUUCUGGUAUGCCGGUCGGAAAAGAGGGUCCAUUCGUUCAUAUGGGUGCUAUCGUCGCAUCACUUUUAAACAAAGCAACAGCGGCAUGUCAAUACAACGCAUUUUUCUCGAAUGAAGGUCGACAGAUGGAAAUGUUGAGUAGCGGUUGUGCGGUCGGUAUCGCUUGCACAUUCUCUGCACCAGCAGGAGCUGUCCUGUAUGGUAUCGAAUCAACAUCGAAAUAUUUUGCUGUGAAAAAUUAUUGGCGUUCCUUCUUUGCCACCACAUGUGCAGCGCUGAUAUUUCGAUUUGCUAUCGCUGCUAUUGUACCACAACAUAUAGCCGGAACAAUAACGGCCUAUUAUCAAACAAAUUUCCCAAAUGAAGUUUUUCUCAUUGAAGAGAUCCCGUUUUUUGUCAUGUUAGGAGUUUUUUGUGGUUUGGCGGGAGCCGCCUUCAUAUGGUUACAUCGUAGAAUCGCAAUAUUUAAAAAGAAAAACAGAGCAUUCAAGGCUGUUUUCGGGAAUAGCCCUAUCGCAUUCACUGCGCUUUUCGCACUAAUCGUCGCCAUACUAACAUAUCCUGAAGGAUUUGGACGGUAUAUAGCUGGUCAGUUCACUUUUCGUGAAACGUUAGCAGAUUUUCUCUCAAACUGUACAUUCUCACUGACGAAUGUCAGCAGUCAAGGAUGUCCAUCCGAGAUGAUAGCGCACUGGACUGGUGGAAGCACUGGCGAUUUCCAUCCUCUUCUCACUCUUUUUUCUUACUUACUUGUAUAUUACGUGUUAAUUGCCAUUUGUGUCUCACUGUACAUACCAGCAGGAAUUUUUGUCCCCUCAUUCGUUAUUGGUGCAUGUGGAGGACGAAUUGUUGGAGAGAUUUUAAUCAUGUGGUGGCCGGAUGGCUUCCGUGGACCAGAUGGUCCACAAAUCUAUCCUGGUCUUUACGCAGUCGUUGGAGCGGCUGCAUACACUGGAGCUGUCACACAUUCACUCUCAAUUGCGGUGAUCGUUUGCGAGACUACGGGACAACUAUGCGCUCUGUUACCAGUCUUGAUUGCGCUCAUGGUGGGCAACGCUAUUUGCAGCUUCCUACAACCGUCGAUCUAUGAAAGCAUAAUCAAUAUCCAGGGUUAUCCAUACCUUACAGAUCUACCUCCGAGUCGAGUUAGUGUACAUACGAUGAAGGUCGAAAAAGUAAUGGUGAAGGACAUAGUGUUCAUUACUCGUGACACUACAUACAUGGAAUUACGAGAAAUUCUUCUCGAGACGCCAAAUCUCAGAUCGUAUCCUUUCGUUACGGAUAAAACAUCAAUGACACUGCUUGGAAGUGUGGCCCGAAAGUAUCUGUGUUAUCUUCUCACAAAGCAUUUGGGCGCUGAACCCGGCAUUCAAACAUCGAAACGAAAAAGUCGUACAGCCUCAGAACUUUUGAAUACCAUUGGACAGUUUAGAAGAGGUUCCAAUGUGAAUUACAAUGCAGUAGGUGGACCAUUAUCACAAGCUUAUCUUACGGAUCGUAAUAUAAGUGGAAAUACAUUGCUGGCGCAUUCGCCGUUACACGAAAAUCAAGGUGAAAGAGGUCCACUUGCUUCGUUACUGUACAGUCAAUCCGAGAAUCAUGAAGUGCCCGUGCAUUCGAUUGCCAAACGAGCCGAGAUCCUCGCUUCGAAAAUUGAUUUGGACGAUGUUGCCAUCGAUCCGGCUCCAUUCCAACUUGUCAAAGGCACAUCUCUCUAUAAGGUGCACACGUUGUUUUCGUUGUUAGCCUUGAAUCAUGCAUAUGUGACGGAAAAAGGAAGACUUGUCGGAGUUGUUGCUCUUAAAGAGUUACGAGAAGCGUUGUCGAACAUCUAUUCACGUGGUGCUGUUCCUAUUCGACCACGUGCACGUACCAUGUCCACAUUCCGUAUGAGUGCUCCAGAACGCCAAAAUGGCGUCACACACGAGAACGAGAAUCCGCCAGAAAUCACUAUUUCAGUUCCAACGAACAGCACAUCAAGGAGUAGCUCCGAAUAA